UGAAGAGAGUUUUUAAUGAGACCUCCAACUUCUAUAAAAAAAAUUAGUUAUAAUUUCUUUUCUUCUGAAAUUCACAUUGUUGCAGGUUAUCAGUUUGACUAUGUCUUUGACUGGACUGUGUUGAAGUACCCACAGAUUGGCAGUAGUUCCCGAAGCAGGCAUGCCAAUGGAAGGGCAGGUUUAGCUGCAGGACCAUCCAUCGAAAAACCAGAAAGAAUCUCAGUGGGAAGAGAGGUUCGGGAUAGAUUAUCUGGUGCAACUGAAGCUUUUUCCAAAAGAAAUGUUUCUGCUAGAAACAAAACUGCUGAGGGAUGUAACUUGUCCAAGAAUGUGCACCCUGAUUCAGGUAAAAGACACGAUUCUCGAUAUGGUAGCACUUCAAGAAGAGCUGUAGCAACAAACAUGCCUGGUUCGUCCGGCGAACCCAAUGACAUUCCACAAAACCAACCAUCAUCAAGUGGUGGUCGCUUGUCUACCACACACAGAAUCCAACAUGCCUUUGAGGUCAAACCAUCUAGUCGUGCUGUCUAUGGUAGACGAAGCCAUGAUGAUCACCAUCUUCGAAGUUUUGAACUUCUCUCAGUUAGGAAAUGAGAGUAGUAUAUCAAUCAUAAGCCAUUGUUUUUACGAACUUGCUAGCUCAACUGUGUAUAAGGGAUAUCACCCAGGAUUCAAUGCCAAUUUGCAACAGUUCAUGACAA